UUUUCUUGAAUCUUUUGGUUGUUGUUCACCAUGUCGGACCAGGAAGACGAUGACGACAAGUCCUCCUCCAUGGAAGAAGAAGAAGAAUUGGUGACGACAGCUCCUUCGUUGUACCAACGUCCCUCUUAUUAUCGUCAGACCCGCAAGGGCAAGAUCAUCAAGACCGUCCAAGAACGCUAUUUGCGAGAUGAUUUGGGCUUCGGCAAUUACUUUUGGGAUCCUCUGCAGGCGCGACGCCGCAAGGGUGCCGAAACGACCGUCGGGAAACCAAAGGCCAUUGACACUGUGGAACAGUUAGUAUCGUUGAUGCAAGGAACGGUCAAAUCAGAUGCUGGCGAUGCGACAACACAACCGUUGGUCCUACUCGUCUGCGACACGAACGUGCUGUUGCACAAUUUGGAUGUUCUGAUUCAAGCAUUGACGGGAGACGGAGCUCCGGGAGGAUUGACGUUGGUCUUGCCACAAACGGCACUGCAGGAAUGUCGUGCGCAGCACAUGACACUCUACGAUCAAGCCGUCGAAUUGUUGCGGAGUGUCGGUGGAACCCAACAGGCUCAUUAUUGUGGCAUUUUCUUUCCCGAUCAGCAUCAUGUGGAAACACAAAUUUCAACUACAAAUACGACAACGACAACGAGUAUGAAUGACAUUAAUGAUGCGCGGCUGCGACUCGUGGCGGAAUACUUUGGCAAACAUCUCCAAAGGAACAACAACAGUUCCAAUUCGACCAGAGUCAUUUUCUUAUCGGAUGAUCAAGACUCUCGGCGAAAAGCCAAGAUGGAACAACCGACCGACAAACCGUAUUAUGAAGCACUCAAUGUCAAACAAUUUGUGGGACAAUUGGAAAAAGCCAAUCCUGGUUUGUCAUUAAUGGACUAUGUCGCCAAUUACGGCACCACCCAAUCCCAAUCCCCACACGACUCUACUACUACUACUACCAAACACUACUUUCCAGCGCAUUUGCCCGCCGACGAAGUAUCCCGAGGCGUCAAGGCGGGACGCUUUCAUAGAGGAGUCUUUCGAUCCAUUGAUACCUUUGUCGAAAAGGGAACCGAUCAAAUGGGAGUUGUUACCAUUCGGAAAGGAGACGAGCGAGUUGCCAUUACCAUUCCGGGAUGGCAACCACGCAAUCGAGCCAUGGAUGGAGAUGUCGUUGCCGUGGCAUUGUUGCCCGUCGAAGAAUGGUUGCCAAUGUCCUCUUCGGACAACACCAAUACUACUAAAACGAAACCUAGCAGUGCUGGAAUCUCACAAGAAACAGCCGAACCGACACACAGCGAAUUGGCCAACGUCCCGGAUACCUUUCAAGAUGCGGCACAAACGCUACGACCCACGGGAAAAGUCGUGGGCAUUUUACGACGUCACACCAAUCUCUAUUCGGGAUCACUGUGGGAACCACACAACAGCAGCAAUACAAUCGCUGAACAUCUGCCACAACUAAAAGAUUGGCAACAGGAACAUGCCGAUGGAUCCACCACCUGUAUCUUUUUACCCGUCGAUGCCAAAGUACCACCCCUCCUUAUUCGAACAACACAACGAGAUCGAUGGAUUGGACAACGAUUGGUCGUCACGCUCGAUUCCUGGCCGGCAUUGUCGCCACUACCGUGUGGCCACUAUACCAAGACACUUGGCAAAAUUGGAGACAAGUCGGUCGAAACACAAGUGCUCUUGUUGCAACAUCACAUUCCUCAUGAAGCGUUUCCGGCAUCCGUAUUGGCGUGUUUGCCACCGGCCGAUUACGACUUGCAACAGGAUUUUCAAGCGACUCAAGACAAGGAUCGACGGGUCGAUUUGCGACACUUGCCCAUUCUCAGUAUUGAUCCACCGGGAUGUACCGAUAUCGAUGAUGCCUUGCAUUGUUACAAAAUGGACAAUGGGAAUUUCCAAGUGGGCGUUCAUAUUGCCGAUGUCGGUCAUUAUGUCAAGGCGGGGACCGCCAUGGAUUUGGAAGCGGCCAAUCGAGCCACGUCGACGUAUUUGGUCGAUCGGAGACUGGACAUGUUGCCAUCGCUCUUGUCGACCGAUCUGUGCAGUCUCCGGGCCAAUGUCGAUCGGUUUGCCUUUUCGGUUCUCUGGGAAGUCACACCCGAUGCCCAGAUUGUCAAUGUCGAUUUCCAAAAGACAUUGAUUCAUUCCAUUGCCGCAUUGACAUAUCAAGAGGCUCAAACCAUGAUUGAUAUGCCGGAUACUCCCGAAAAUCGCAAGGAUAAACAAGUGGCUGCCGUCAAGGGGUUGGCACAGUUGGCGCGGCUCUUUGCCAAACGACGGAUUGAUGCCGGCGCGUUGACAUUGGCAUCCCCGGAAGUCAAAUUUGUCUUUGAUAGCGAAAGUUUGAAUCCAACCGAUGUCAAGGCAUAUGCUAUGUUGGAAGCCAACGAUUUGGUCAUGGAAUUCAUGUUGUUGGCCAAUGUCACGGUAGGAAAGAAGAUCUUGCGACACUAUCCCACGCUGUCCGUGUUGCGACGGCACCCGGCACCCAGUCGGGCUCGAUUUGAUGACUUGAUUAGCAAAGCCAAGUCGCGAGGGUUUGAGUUGACGAUUGAGGAUUCCAAGCAACUGGCCGAUUCCUUGGAUGCGGCCGUGAUUGAGUCAGAUCCUUACUUUAACAAACUGCUGCGCAUCUGUGCCACGAGGUGUUUGUCACCAGCACAAUACUUUUGUUCGGGCGAGUACCGACCGACAGAGUGGCAUCAUUAUGGGUUGGCCGCACCCGUAUAUACCCAUUUUACAAGUCCAAUUCGACGAUAUGCUGACGUCUGUGUCCAUCGACUCCUGGCAGCCGCGAUUGGCGUAGCACCUCUGCCCUCCCAAAUGUCGUCCAAAUCCUACAUGCACGAUCAAACGGCAAACAUGAACCGACGAAACAGAGGCGCCCAGAACGCGGGACGCUCCAGUAUUCAACUGCAUACUGUCAUUUUCUUUGGGGAAGGGGCCAAGGAAGAAGAGGCAUAUGUGUUGGACGUCGAGACGGCAACAGAUUCCGAACCGUCCGUCAGGGUGAUUGUUCCGAGGUACGGAAUCGAGGGGCAAGUCAAGCUGCCCAUCAAGGCUGGUGAUCCCCGCUUGAUACGGGGAGAGCACCGCAUUUCGGUAGAGGGUAGCGCCACCAUACGAGUCUUUGACAAGGUGAAGGUUCGUAUAUGGGUGAAGGUUUCUCCUGAUCAUCAACGAGAAUUGAUUUUGGACCUGCUGGAACCAUCCUUUGGUAGUGAGAGCUCCGGUAAGAACACGGAACCAGAAGGAGACUCGGAUGACGAAACAGCUCCGGCCAAGAAAAAGAGGAAGACCACGUAA